ACUUUUGUGCUGUUUUUCUUCUGCUCCGUUUUACAGUCUCUUCCAGCAUCUAAUCUGCCAGACCUGGAAGCACACAGAAAAUGGUAGAAAGGCUGGUGGAGUUUGAUGUGCAUCAGUUGUCAGUAUUUGCUUCAGUGACUACAGAUUCUGUGUCCAUGGCUGGUGACAGCCAGCACUUCAUGGUCUGCUGUGGUCUGUGUCGACAGAUAAAGGUAUCUCGUGCAAAGAUGUCAAAUGCAUUGCCAUUUAUCCUGCUCUUCAUAUUCCCAAUGCUGCUGUCAGGGGCUUGGUUUCCCAAAACUUUACCCUGUGAUGUUAAGUCCUCAGAAGGCACUGUGACAGUGGACUGCACUGAUCGGCGCCUUACAGAAGUUCCCAGAGGGAUCCCUGGAAACGUUACCAACCUUACCCUGAGUAUUAACCAUAUCCCCCACAUCUACCCAACAUCCUUUGAUCAUCUUGAAAACCUCCAGGAGAUUGACUUCAGAUGCAACUGUGUGCCUGUCAAACUUGGCCCCAAAGAUAAUGUGUGCACUAGCAAACUGAGGAUUGAGACUGGUAGUUUUGCUGCCCUGACAAGACUGAAGUCAUUGUAUUUGGAUGCAAACCAGCUGGCAGAAAUACCCCGAGGUCUUCCUGCUACUUUAACCCUGCUGAGCCUGGAAGCAAACAGUAUCUUUUCUAUCCAUGAAGCCAGCUUCUCAGAGCUAGGAAACAUAGAGGUAUUGUAUCUUGGACAGAACUGUUACUACCGCAAUCCAUGCAACGUUUCAUUUGAAAUUGAGAAAACAGCCUUUCUGGGGCUGAAAAAGUUAACAAUACUAUCCCUGAAGUCCAACAACUUAACACAUAUUCCACCCAAUUUGUCAUCUACUUUAAAGGAAUUGUAUAUUUACAACAACAUGAUUCAAGUGAUUCACGAACAGGAUUUAAGUGGCCUUUCCAACCUAGAAAUUCUUGACCUAAGUGGCAAUUGCCCACGUUGCUAUAAUGCCCCGUAUCCUUGCAUUCCUUGUCCCAAGAGCUCGAUUCAGAUACAUUCAAAGGCUUUUGACUCCUUGGAAAAUUUAAGAAUUUUGCGACUUCACAGUAACUCUCUUCAGAGCAUACCCAGCAGCUGGUUUAAAAACAUCAAGAAUCUCAAAGAACUUGACCUCUCCCAAAAUUUCCUCAUGAGGGAGAUUGGAGAUGCUCAGUUUUUGACAUUUAUCCCCAGCCUUAUGCAGCUUGAUCUGUCCUUCAACUUUGAAGUGAAGGUGUAUUCUCCCUUCUUGAAUCUUUCUAAGACAUUUUCUUCUCUCUAUAACCUGGAAACUCUGAGGCUCAAGGGUUAUGUCUUUAAAGAACUGAGAGCACAAGAUCUACGUCCACUGCUCGGUCUUCAGAAUCUAACCAUGUUGGAUCUCGGGACUAACUUUAUUAAAGUUGCAGACCUGACAGUGUUUGAAGAAUUCCCAGCUCUUAAGUUCAUUGACCUCUCAGUGAAUAAAAUUUCUCCUUCUUCAGGGGAAAGCAACUUCUAUGGAUUUUGCUCUAAUCCUGGCAUUUCAGUUGAGCAAUACAACAGGCAAGUACAACAAGAGAUGCAUUAUUUCAGGUAUGACGUGUAUGGGCGAAGUUGCCGUUCCAAAGACAAAGAGGCUUCUUCCUACCAAUCUAUAGUUAAGGAAGAUUGCCUUAACUACGGAAAAACUCUGGAUUUAAGCAGAAACAAUGUAUUUUUUGUUAACCCCUCAGACUUCCUGGGACUUAGCUCCCUCAAAUGUCUCAACUUGUCAGGCAAUGCAAUAAGUCAAACUUUAAAUGGAAGUGAAUUCUCUUACUUGUCUGGAUUGAAAUAUCUGGAUUUCUCUAACAACAGGGUUGAUUUGCUAUACCAAACUGCUUUCAAAGAGCUAAAAUUUUUAGAAAUUCUAGAUCUGAGCAAUAACCAGCAUUAUUUUCUGGCAGAAGGUGUUACUCACGUGCUUAGUUUUAUGAAAAACCUAGCCCAUCUGAAGAAGCUGAUGAUGAAUGAGAAUGAAAUUUCUACCACUAUUGAUACAGGAAUAGAAAGCCAAUCUCUUAGAAUUUUAGAAUUCAGAGGAAAUCGUUUAGAUGCUCUCUGGAAGGAUGGCAAUGCUAGAUAUUUGUCCUUCUUCAAGAAUCUGACCAGCCUGGAAGAACUGGAUAUUUCCUUCAACUCGCUCAGUUUUUUGCCUCAUGAUGUUUUUAAAGGAAUGCCUCCUAGUCUCAAGAUCCUCAACUUAACAAAUAAUCAACUGAAGAGUUUCAUCUGGGGAAGCCUCCCCUCUCUGAGGAACCUAGUAACUCUGGACCUGAGCAAUAACCUUCUGACUACUGUUCCCAAAGAACUGUCCAAUUGCACCUCAUCACUCCAAAAACUGAUGCUCCGAAACAAUCGCAUUCAGCGAUUAACCAAAUAUUUUCUCAGAGGUGCUUUUAAACUGAGGUACUUGGACCUCAGCUCAAACAAGAUUGAAAUAAUUAAGAGAUCCAGCUUCCCUGAGAAUGUCAUUAACAACCUGGAGAUGCUGCUUUUGCAUGGCAAUCCUUUUAAGUGUAACUGUGAGGCUGUGUGGUUUGUCUGGUGGAUCAAUCAGACACAGGUGACCAUUCCUCUUCUGGCCACAGACGUGACCUGUGCUGGCCCAGGGGCACAUAAGGGAAGGAGCGUGGUUUUCUUGGAUCUGUAUACCUGUCAGCUGGACACGUCGUAUUUGAUCCUGUACGCUCUGUCAGCUUCAACCGUCCUUGGCUUUAUGGUGUUCACAGUGAUGAGCCACCUCUACUUCUGGGAUGUGUGGUAUAGCUACCAUUACUGCACUGCCAAGCUGAAGGGCUAUCGGCGCUUGUCUUUACCAGAUGCCUGCUACGAUGCCUUUAUUGCCUAUGACAAUGAAGAUGCAGCUGUGAAUGAGUGGGUGCUGCAGGAACUGGUUGAAAGGCUGGAAAACCAAAAAGCCAGGCAGUUCAAUUUAUGCCUGGAAGGAAGGGACUGGCUCCCAGGACAGCCGGUCUUUGACAACCUUUCCCAGAGCAUUCAGCUGAGCAAAAAGACCAUAUUUGUGCUGACCAACAAGUAUAUUAAAAGCGGCAGCUUUAAGACAACAUUUUACAUGGCUCAUCAGCGGCUUCUAGAUGACAAAAUGGAUGUCAUUAUCUUGAUAUUUCUUGAGAAGGUUUUGCAGAAGUCUCGCUAUGUCCGGCUGAGGAAGAGGCUGUGCAGAAGUUCAGUCCUGGAAUGGCCAACUAACCCUCAGUCUCAGCCCUACUUCUGGCAGUGCCUGAAAAAUGCCAUAGCUACAAGCAAUUCACUGGCUUACAACAAGCUUCUCCAAGAAACUGUUUAGUCCUACCCUUUCCCUUAAAUAUUGUUAUGAUACACAUGCACCUUGCUUGGCACUUAUUAGUGCACAGCAAGAAAUGAUGCACUACCCCCUGGAAGUCACUGUUGCAGAAUAUCACCACUUCCAGCUUUUAUUUCACAAUAGGCCUCUAACACCUCCUGUGGUUAGGUAAAGUGUGGGUUAGACACUUGGUCAAUAUGCUCGAGUACACAGGGUGAAGGAGUGCUUGGACCAUGCCUAAAGUUGCUGCUGUUUAGACACUCUUGGAAUAAAUGUGAUUUUUAUAAAAAUACAUUGUUUCUCUAUUUGCUGUAUUUAUGAAAAUCAAGAAAAGCAACUGCUGACAUAUUUGUGUCAGAAAAUCACUUUAGAAAAGCUCAUUCUUUGAUCUUAGGGAAAUAAAAGAUUUUUUAUCUUUUCAUCUUAGGCUUAGAGUUUCUUAGUCUACCACUUCUAUCUGAGUGGGCAAACCGGGGAAAGCAAAUUCUGCUGUGACUGCUGUCAGGGGCUUGGAUCUGGUACAGGAGCUCUCCCACUGUUGCACUGUCAAAAAACCCACAAAUCUGAAGAGACUUGGAAGUAUGUGUGUGGAGUAAAAUGGGAAGAUAUGUGAGAAAUGAGUUCAGAAGGUCUUGUAGGCUAUAGGUGGGAAGGAGUUAUAACAUAAAGGGAUUCCUUGUGAAUGGAGCUGCUGCAUGGUUGCAAGAAGAGAGAGCAGACAUGCAGAGGGAGAGGCACAAGGCAGAUGGAGAAAAUCAGUUAAACCAAACAGACAAAGAACUAGAUGAUCUUCCAGAUCCCUUCCAACCCAAACCAUUCUAUGAUUCUGUCAUCUCAGCUGCCUCUGGCAGUUCCUUGCCUAGCUUUUCUGUCUGGUCCUUUCUUUAAAUAGUCCCUUUUUGAUUUAGUUGUAGGCAUGCUAACAAGAAAGAACACAACAACAAACAAGAAAACUAAUGUUCAUCUAAUAUAACAGACAAUAAGAAUUUUUUUUCCCUCCAAAUUAUCAUAGUAGUGUUACUGAUUUACCACAGAAGCAGGAGAAAGAUCAGGGCCUGGUUAGAAGAGUGGGUGUUUUACAAUUUUAUUUUAACAUUGGAAGGAGGAUCUGGGGAACUAAAGGCCUGUCAGCCUGACAUCGGUGCCAGAUGGAGAUGAUCAUCUUGAAUGCCAUCAUGCAACAAGUAUAGGACAACCAGGUUAUAACGUCCAGCUAGCAUGAGUUUUUGAAAGGCAGUUCUUGCAUGACCAGCCUGGUCUCGUUCUGUGACAAAAUGACCUGCUUAGUGGAUGAGGGAAAGGCUGUGGAUGUUGUCUAUCUAGAUUUUAGUAAAGCCUUUUACGUAAUGCACAGCAUUGUUUAGCCAGGAGAAAAGCCAGCUCAGGGGAGACCUUAUCACUCUCUACAACCACCUGAAAGGAGGCUGUACUCAGUGGGAGUCAGUCUUUUCUCCCAUGCAGAAAGUGACAGGAUGAGAAGAAAUGGCCUGGAGUUGCAACAGAGGAGGUUUACACUAGAUAUUAGGAAAAAAAUUUUAAUAGAAAGGGUUGUCAAGCAAUGGAACAGACUGCCCAGGGAAGUGGUGGAGUCACCAUCCCUGGAACUGUUCAAAAACAUGUGGAUAUGGCCCUUGUGGAUAUGGCAUUUGAGGAUAUAUUUUAAUGGUGAACAUUGUGAUGGUGCUAAGUUGAUGAUUAGACUUGAUGAUCUUAAAGUCUUUCCAACCUUAAUUAUUCUAUGAUGCUAUGGUUUCUUAUGGUUGUGUUUGUAAAACACUGAUUUGAAGUUCAACUACUUUAUGCUCAUUGUGACUGAGACAGUCACCAAUCACCACUUUGCCCACGAAUGCUUCUCUGUUUCCAACAACAAAUCUAGGUGGGCACUUUUCCUAGUUGGUUCCCUUAAUAUCUCCACCAAGAAAUUAUCAUCAGCAUGCUUCAGGACUGCUUGUGUCCAUUGUACAGCGCUCCCAAUUGACGUCUGGGAAGUUAAGAUCACCCAUAAGAACAACAUCUGACUUAGAGAUAUUCCUUCAUUCUUUAUGGAAUAAUUUCUCAGUGUCAUGUUCCCAGAUGGGUGGUUGAUAGUAUACUCCCACAACAACGUGCAUCUUCAUCUUUCCAGAGCCUCUCAACUGUGCCACCACCAACUGCAGGCACUAUACAUUUCAACCCCUCCCUCCUAUAAAGAGCCAUCCCCUGACUUGCCUGCCCUGCCUAUCCUUCCUGAAGAGCCUAUAACUAUGUUAUAACAGAGUAACACCAUGAAUCGACAGUAUUGUUUUGUUUGGUAAAUUUCUUAAAUGUCAGAUCAUUUAACCCAUGUUACUUUGCAGUUAAGUUGUUAAUAACCCUGAAAUCUGGGGCCACGUAAUUAUACCAACUACUACACAAAAGGCAUACAAUACAUUUAAUGCACAGUAUCAGUUCCCACAGAACUCAGUGUCAAGUUCUGUUGCUUUAUACCUCAGAUCUUUGCGUCAAAUAAAGUGCUGAAUUGUUUGCCUUCCCUGUGCACAAGUACUGUAAAUAA